AUGCAAGGAACUUCAUUCGUACAGCUAGCUCAAUCAGAUUCAUUGGGAACAUUGUUUGCAACUCUGUUCUCCAAACUUUCCGGAUCAGGACAGCCCAGUUCUGCUUCGCCAUCCCUCACAAAAUUCUUAGACACGUCAUAUCGUCAUUCCUCGUCAUCAUUUUCGCAGUCUUCUGCCACCACGUUGUUUGGUUGGCGUGAUGCUCGUCAGUUUGAUCGAGCCAAUGCACUGGAAAUAUUAUUGGAGCGACUUGGUGGUAUAGAUGCAGAUCUAUCAAAGAGUGUUCAAGAUGCUUUGGUGCUGCUGUUUGCGUUGGAAGGUCAUCAGAUCACUGACAAGCAGAGACGUCUCAUUGAUGCCACUACUCAGAUCGUGUUGCACGAGUCAACCCUUAACGUGCUUGACUCACAGGCAUCACUUUUACUACCAUCCAAACACGAUUUGAGAUAUGCCGAUUCCAAGAUGUUUGAUGCAGAAUUCUCAGUAAGCUAUCCAUUCUACGUGCAAUACACUGAUGAGGUCUUUGAAAAGAAAGAUUUCGGUUCUGAUCAAGUUGAUCUAUGGAAUGAUCCUGUUGAUUUGGAUGGAUAUUCUCGUGAAAGAAAGGAUAGUUUGUUUUAUGCCGUCUCUCAUGGUAGUUCUGUAACAGCCGAAUUAGACACGCCUAUCGAAUUGUCCUUGCCAGAUCUCCCAGCCUUUCCAAACGAUAUCCUGCAGUCGUUAACCACCCCUUCAUAUGGAUACAGCUCCUUAAAAAGCAGUACAUCUCCAUCACGAUCAUUGGCAGAUAGUGGCUAUGGCUCAUCAAAAGAAAUAUCUAUUAUUUGGGAUCAAGUGGGCCAGGAAGAUGAUGUUCGUUGGCUGCCUCUGGGAGGCUGGGAAAGCUUUGAGACCACAAGGCCGGAGGCCAACAGAUUCAUGGAUACUGGUGCUUCUAAAACUCAUAGAACACCAUUGAUGCCAUCUCCAUUUGUAACUGAGGCUGAUAGAAGUGUCUUUGGAGCCAUUUAUGAAAGUAUCUAUUUCAAUGCAUCGACUGGUCGUGAUGUGCAGAAGCAAGAAGUGCUUAGUGAUGAACGACUCUUGCGGGAUGCACUCAACGUCGUCGUUGGUGUCACAUCUGAAACCUUUACUUUUGAUUCAUCAGCAAAGACUCUGCAAGUAAAACCGGAGAUAUGGGUUCGUGGUGAAACGUUCGGCUGUGAGAGUACAAGAAGUGUCUUGAACGAUUUGGCUCUUUGCGGCUCAAGAUUUCGAUCUCUCGAGGACUUUGUCAAUAGAGUUCAAUCAGAUCCUCCGUCUCAUGGUCUGACUGCUGUAGCUCUUGCGCAGUCACUAUCUUCGUAUCUGGGUUUCGUGAGGUCUUGUGUUGUCCGACUACCCGAAAUGCUUGGUCCACGGUUUCAUCUGAUAGAGAUUUAUUGUGCAGUCGAACCAAUAAAAAAGGUCAUGGAGAUGUUGACUGAAUUUCUCAGUACCAGAUCAGAUGGUCACAGCAAGUUGCCACGCGGCACAGCACUCCUCUCGUAUCUGUAUGAGGCUGCUGCUGCCAUAGAUAUGACACAAAAUGAUAAACUGCUACGAGCAUUGAUUUUGAGUCUUCUCUCGUCUACAUCAUGGCCAUUCUUCCGAUGGCUAGAUGCACGGUUGGGAAUAGUCAGAGAAGCCCAUGAUGCUGACGACAAGAGUCAGUUCACGGUUGAUUUCAGAGAAUUGGAUCCGUAUCUAGAAUUCUUUAUCGUUGACUUGGAUCCCGCUGAAACUCUUGAGACGACUGGUGAUUCAUUUUGGAGUGGUGGAUUCCAACUUAGUGAAUCGACUACACCACCAACUUUUAUACCUGAAGUGCUGGCGCAAGGCAUCAUUCGUGCUGGUAAAGCAUUACGGCUCCUUCAGUCAUCCUUGCCAUCCCAUCCGAUAUUCAAAUCAUCAACACAGGGAAUUUCCUAUUGUGCAUGGACUCUGACGCCAUCCCAAGUUGAUGGAAUGCGUCUUGUAGCUCGUGAAUUAGAUGAGCACGUUAGAAGUGCUACACAAGAUUUAGAACUUGAAGGAGCACUAGACGCUGAGAAAGUGGAGGUUGAGAUCCAAUUAUGGGACACCGAGCGUAGAAAUGAGGCUCGUUCCGAGACUGAAGCCAUGUCAUUGUCGAAACAAAUGCAGGCUGAAAAGGUCCAACAGAGGAAGAGGGUGCUUCAACAAUCCAUCGAGGCCUUUUUGACCCAACGCUCGGACGAGAAAGAGUCAGCACGUAGUAAAGAAUUGGACGAGGAUGCUCGUCUGAUUGCACGAAGACUUCAAGAAAACGAAGAAUGGCAAAGGCUAAAGGAAGACGAACAACGUGACCUCGUCGCCCGCUAUGAGACGGCUAUGGAUGCUCUCAAUAGACGACAAGAAGUAGCAGAGUGGAGACGUCUUCGUUUAGAAUUAGACGACAAACGUCGAGCUCUAUUAACAGAAGAUGCACCUCAAUCAUUAGUGCCUGGUUCCUCAAUCAAAGUCAGUACAACGACAGAACCAAUAAAUAUUCCAGAAACAGGUUCCACCGAUGCAGAUACAUCCAUGGCUGAUAGCGGGGAUGACUUUGUCGAUGCAGUUGAAAAUCAUGACGAAGAGGUCCCAUAUCAGAUAACCCUAAACCAAGACGUAUCAGUGAUCUUGUCUCUAGAGGAGCAGCCACUACCGUCUCGGGUCGAUGAAAAAGAUAUUGAUAAUAGUAGUAGUCAACCAUUAGAGUCACCUCAUAGCUCUCCGGAUAUGCCCGUCAUGCAAAGUUCCUUGAUGGAAUCUCCGAUUGAGACAAUAGCACCCUUAAAUGAUGACGUAGACCAUGAAGAGAUCCCAGCAGAGGUGGUGCCAAUAGAAGUGGCGCCAGCGGAAGUAAAGGUCGAUGAGCUGGUCAUAGCUCCACCGUCUCACACUAUUCCGACCAUAUCUCCAUCUGUAGACGUCACUGUCAAUGCUGUACAGAAGCUCUUCUUUGAUUUGAAGCCGCUGUCACCUCUAAAUCUAAACGAGCAUACAGUGCCUAGCCAGUUGUGCACAUUUACGUCAAUGUCGCUAUCAUUCCCGAAUAGACUGGACGAGUUAUUGACUAUGGCAGAAUCCGAUAAUCAGGCGGAUUUAGUCAUCAACCAUACACCACUACCGACACUAGUACAAGACACUCUACAUUACGCCUUGCAAACGAGGAUUAAUAGUAUUGAACAUUGUGUCAUACGGUUCCUGUUGCAUGGAGCAGGCCUGCAAGCACACCUAGAAGUGCUAAAGUCAUUCUUGCUAUUAUCGGAUGGUAUGUUUAGAAGUAGUGUGAAAGACGCUAUCUUUGUUGGCGAUGGUGGUUCAGGAGUAGGUAUCAAUGGGUGCCUAGCAUGGCCUCCUGCAGGUUUAGCUCUUCUAGCCGCCUUGAACGAUGUAGUUGUAUUUAGAGAAGCUGAACGUUGUGGGUUUGUUUCGUCAAACGGCCAUGUAAGGCCCAAACGGCUGCUUAAUGGGGUGGAUAAAUUGAGCGAAUGUCUGAGAUUUGUGCUGUCUGAGACAGAACAAGAUAUUAUGGAUCCCGCAGCGUUGGAAGCUCUAGACUUCUUGAAUCUGGCGUAUACACCACCACCCCCCAUCAAUAUCAUUAUAACUCCAUCUAUAGUCCAAAACCACUAUCAAAAAUGCUUUUGGUUUCUCCUCCGUUUAGCACGAACCGAUGAAGCAUUGUCACGCAUCACAAACACGGCAUGGUGGAAGGACCACCGAUCAAAUAAUAUUCCAUCCGAUAUUGUUACUGUGGUAGUACGAUUUAGGUUUGAAGCUGCUCACUUUGUACGAGGUUUGAUACGGUACUCAUUUGAUGUUGGUGUUGAAACCCCAUGGAAGACCUUCAUGGACGAGAUUGAACGAGUGAAACACAUCCAAACUCUUGAUUUGGAAUCUCUCUAUUUGCUACACAUAACAACCAUGGACGAGAUUGUAUGGCGGCUCUUGUUGCAUCGUCGACAAGCACCUAUAAUGAAGUGUCUCUCUGCUGCUCUACAGACGAUACUAACUUUUAGUCGUCUCAUAACUGGUCGGGUGACGUAUACCAUGACGAAUGAGAAUGUCGUGGACUUGUUUAAAAAGUUCAGGAUGUCAGUUGGGUUGUUUGUGAUGGGGUUGUCCAAGUUGGUUGAGAAGGACACAGCAACGUCUAAAAAUGCUAAGAAGAGAGACAUGAGGAUGUUUUCCGAGCUGCUGGCUAAUAUUGAUAAUAGUGGGUAUUUUGCAAAGUCUGCUGGGCCAUAUCAAGAGCAUCUAUAA